GACCUUCUAAUUAUGGACUUAAAUUUCCUACUUCAAAAUUUUUCCUUAUCAAUAAAAGGUCCCGAUCCAGACCAAAAUUUCAAUUAAAAAAAAAAAAUUAUUUUUGCAUGCCAUCAAUUUAUUUUUAUUACAAAAAAGAAAAAGAAAAAAUAGAAAAUAGAAAAUAGGUGAAGCAUCUAGUCCCCUCUAAUGAAUUGCGUGACCGUGUCUUCUACGAUAUCCUCUAAAAUUGCGUAAGCGCCGAGUCAUAGGCUCAUACGUUUUCUCCGUGACGGCAAAGCGGUUGUUAUAACUUAUAAAUACAGAGCUCCCCGUUUAAACCGAGAACUCCACAAAAUCGUCAUUCUUCUCUCGUGCAACUUCUCUCAAGAAAAGCAUAACCUCCUCACCUUCCGUUCUCUUGAUUAUCUCCUCCCUCUCUCAAGAUGCAGAUCUUUGUUAAGACCCUCACCGGAAAGACCAUCACCCUUGAGGUCGAGAGUUCUGACACCAUUGACAACGUUAAAGCAAAAAUUCAAGAUAAGGAGGGCAUCCCCCCUGAUCAGCAGAGGCUGAUCUUUGCUGGAAAACAGCUUGAAGAUGGACGAACUCUUGCUGACUACAACAUCCAAAAGGAGUCUACCCUCCAUCUUGUCCUCCGUCUCCGUGGUGGAAUGCAAAUAUUCGUUAAAACUCUGACCGGAAAGACUAUAACUCUUGAGGUCGAGAGCUCAGACACCAUUGAUAAUGUCAAAGCUAAAAUUCAAGACAAGGAGGGCAUUUCACCUGAUCAGCAGAGGCUGAUCUUUGCUGGAAAACAGCUUGAAGAUGGUAGAACACUUGCUGACUACAACAUCCAAAAGGAGUCAACCCUUCACCUUGUCCUCCGCCUUCGUGGUGGUAUGCAGAUCUUUGUCAAAACACUUACAGGCAAGACCAUUACCCUUGAAGUUGAAAGUUCAGAUACAAUUGACAACGUGAAGGCAAAAAUUCAGGAUAAGGAAGGGAUUCCUCCAGACCAGCAGCGACUGAUCUUCGCUGGCAAGCAACUUGAGGAUGGAAGGACCCUGGCAGACUACAACAUUCAGAAAGAGUCAACCCUGCAUCUUGUUCUUCGUCUGAGAGGUGGCAUGCAAAUAUUUGUCAAGACAUUGACCGGGAAGACAAUCACUCUGGAGGUUGAGAGUUCAGAUACCAUCGAUAAUGUUAAAGCAAAGAUCCAAGACAAGGAAGGUAUUCCUCCAGACCAGCAGAGAUUAAUCUUUGCUGGAAAGCAACUUGAGGAUGGAAGGACCUUGGCGGAUUACAACAUUCAGAAAGAAUCAACCCUGCACCUUGUUCUUCGUCUUAGAGGUGGAAUGCAAAUUUUUGUUAAGACUUUGACUGGGAAGACGAUUACCUUGGAGGUUGAGAGUUCAGAUACCAUUGACAAUGUCAAAGCAAAGAUCCAAGACAAAGAGGGGAUUCCCCCAGAUCAGCAGCGUUUGAUUUUUGCUGGUAAACAACUUGAGGAUGGCAGAACUCUUGCAGACUAUAACAUCCAGAAGGAGUCAACUCUCCAUUUGGUGUUGCGUUUGAGGGGGGGAAUGCAGAUCUUCGUGAAGACUCUAACUGGGAAGACAAUCACGUUGGAGGUGGAAAGUUCAGAUACUAUCGACAAUGUGAAAACAAAGAUACAGGAUAAGGAGGGGAUUCCACCAGAUCAACAGAGGCUCAUAUUUGCUGGUAAGCAGCUUGAGGAUGGCCGCACCCUUGCGGACUAUAAUAUCCAGAAAGAGUCUACUCUUCAUCUUGUUCUCAGGCUACGUGGUGGAAACUUCUGAAUUUCAUGUGUGCUAAUGCUGCUUUUAUGACGACUCUGUCGAUGUUGCUUUGUUUCAAAACUUAUAGUGUUUUUGUUUGGGUUUUAUCUUUCUGUUAAAGGCAUCGUAAUGCAUUACGUUAUACUAUGUUGAUUUUGCUGCAAAUUAAAUUAUAUAAGCACAUAUUAGUGCUGUAAUAGGUAUCUAAAUGUGUUGGUGCUUCCCAAUACAUGGUGAUGUUGAGAAUUUCACGGAGGCUCCAUCUUGAAUGUAGAAGAUCUAAAAAAAUAUAAUUAAAUCUUGAAUCGUA